UAUGGGAGCACAACAAUCUGUACAAGAGGGAAUUAUUAAAUCAAAGAACUUCAAAAUUUUAGGGUAUAAGGAGAAUGAUUUAUAUGGAUCAUUCAAAAUAGUUGAAUCUUAAGGAAGUUAAUUUGCAAUGGUUUCAAAGACUUGUUAAAAUCAAGAAGACUAUAUUAAUUUAUGUAAGAUAUUAAAAGAGACUUAAUAAUAAAAUGGAAUAAAGUAGCUUGUUAAAUUGGUUGAAGUGGAUACUUAAGAAGAAUCUAAUCUAUGUAGUACAUUUUAUAAGGUUUCUGCCUUAUAUGAAUAUUAUGAUAUCACACUUAGGGAAAUAAGUAACCAAGCAUCAAUAAAUUGUUUAUUUGUUUUAAAAUCAUUAUCUGAAGGAUUGAGUGAAUUAUAUACACAUAAUUAAGUUCAUGGAAAUCUUAUACCUGAUUUUGUACUUGUUGAUAAAUCAAAGGGAGAAGUCAAAUUAAAUAAUUGUACUUAAUUGACUGGAUAUGAUCAUUAUAAACGCAUUCUCACCAGUGAUGGAUUAUGGUAUUUAUCUCCAGAAUUAGUAACAGCAUUGGCAAGAAAGGAUUUAAGACCUCAAUACAAUCAUGAAAAGAGUGAAGUAUAUUAAUUAGGAUUAAUUGCAUUAGAACUAUGGGGAAAUGGAAAUGUACAAUUAUUUUAUGAUAAAUAAACUUUCACUUUAAAUCAAAGUAAAUAUUAGUAUUAUAUAUUAGAUGUUAUAAAUGAAGCUAUCGAUGAAUUUGGUGUAAGAAAUGGUUAUGUUUUGAAAAAUGUUAUCAAAUAAAUGCUUUAAUAGGAUCCUAAUGUCAGACCAACUAUGAAAGAAUUAAGCACCUCUUUUACAUAAUUAUAUGAAAUUUAAUUAUAAAUAACAGAAUAAGAAUCUUAAUUACCUUAAAUACCUUAAAAUACAUAACCAAUUACUUAAUAGUAAGUUGUUACUUUAUGUGAAUUAAAUAAUGAAGAGGUAGAAUAAGAUAAUGUUUAGAUUUAUAAAGAAUCUUUUCAAUAUCAAGAAGAUAGUAAUUAAAAUGAAACAUGUAAAUAAUAAUUUGAAGAAUCUCCAAAAAAAUUUGAAAAAUAGAAUGUAGAUAUUCAACCUUAAUCUGUUAAAUCUUCUAUUUCUUAAUCCAUUAAAGAAUAUUAUGUUACUGGAUCAAUUGCUGCUUAAUUUGGUUAAUUAGCUUUACUUGAAAAUAAUAUUGAAUAUUAAUCUAUUGGCACUGCUCAAUUCGAAAAUCAUCAUGAUAUUGAUCAAGAUGUAUUAAAAGAGAAACCUUAAAAUAGAUAACCAAAUUCAACUAAGAGUUAAGAAUCUACAAUUAUAAAAAAGAGUGUUAAAGUCAAUAACAAUCCUCCAUCUAAUAAAAAACUGAUCUCUAUCAAAAGACCAAAACAUGAAUCAAUAGAAACUAAACUUCCUAAAUAAGCUGUUGUUAUCAACAAAAGAAGAUGAA